GGUUUUUUCAACCCAGAUGACUUUAAUCUGGAAAACCAGCUCAAAGAAACGAAUGGCUCAGUGGAUUUUUUAAUUUCUCGAGCCAAGAAGGGCAAAGUAUCUUGCCAAAUUCACCUUGGUACCGCUUAUUCUAGCGGUAUCGAAGGGUUCGUUGAGAAGGACUCCGAGAAAGCUAUUGGGUGGCUAGACACAGCUGUCCAAAAUGGUUGUUUUAAUCCCUUGGUUUUUACAAAAACUUGGUCAGUUACUGGAUCCUACAGGAAAACCACACAAACAGAGAAAGGCGAACGAUUUGUUUCACAAGGCGGUCCGUCUGAGAAGAACAUCUGCACAGCUUACUUAGCUGAAAUGUAUCGAUGUGGAGUUGAAGGAGUGGUAGACGAAGAUAUCAAAGAAGCGUUUGAAUGGUACAAAAAGGCGUCAGGACUGCUGAAAAAUUAAGAGACACAGUACUGAAGGUUUUAAAGGAGUAUCUUUUAGAGGCCCCACAAUGCUGCAAGACAUACCCAAAUGCUUGCUACUACUUGGCCAAAAUUUAUUUGCCACAAGGAAACAUGGAUGAAUUCAGGAAGUAUUUUAAACUGGGGCAAGAUGCUGAAGAAAACAGACUUCCUUUCUUCGAAAAUGUUAACCUGCUAUUAAAGGAUAUUAUAGCACCUUUCUACCGACUUUUUGCUGAUGUGAAAAUAAAAGCAAUGUGUGGAAACAGGGCAUGCACCAAAAAAGUCAAAGAGGGUGACUUAAAAUCUUGUGGUCAAUGUGGUAUGCAGAAAUACUGCAGUAAGUAUGCACCUUUACUUAAAUUGUUCAUUCUUUUAUCUUCAGUUAGCUUUGUAUUUUAAUUUGCUAUUUUUAGGUCUUAGGUAUGAAGGCAGGUGUGAAAUUUUGUAAUUCUUAGGUAAAGAAUAUUAUCCUGUGUUCUGUACCAUAGAGCAACUUGAAGUAUGUUAAGAUCAUUUUCACAUUGUCACAGCAGCCAAUUAGUUUUUUGUUUUUGUUGUUUUUUAUUUAUCCAGGGGCAUCCAAUUUAGGAGAGCUAGUUUAAAUGGAGCCCUGAAAGAACACAAAACAAAGACAUUAAAACAUUAAAAACCAG